GGAAUGUUUUAAAAUGCUAUAAUUUGGAAAACGCAACGUUAAUCAGCUGCAUGCCUGCGUUUGAUGUGCAGUGUGUGUUUAAUGUGUUGUGUGAAUGUGUGUGUCUGGGUAUGUCUGUGCGUGUGUGUGUUUAAUGUGUUGUGUGUGUGUCUGUGUGUGUGUCUGUGUGUGUGUGUGUGUGCUGCCACUGUUUCUCAUUUUACUAAUUGUUUACGUGCUCACUGUGAACCAAUAAUAGAGCCUGUUUCAGUCCAGAUUCAUCCUCCAUCAGGACUUCCUGUCCUCUCUUCCUGUCCUCCUCUUCCUGUCCUCCUCUUCCUGUCCUCCUCUUCCUGUCCUCUUCCUGUCUUCCUCUUCCUGUCCUCCUCUUCCUGUCCUCCUCUUCCUGUCUUCCUCUUCGGUAUUGUGGAUUGAAUUUGAAGCACACUGACAUCCCCUUGAAUCCACAGAUGUUACAACGGAAACAAUUCCAUCUAUCUGGUAUGUCCAGAUUUAAUCUAUUAUCUACAUGUUUAACUAAUUUGUCUCCCUCUCUUAUUUCCUCCCUCCCUCAGGUCCAUGUUGACGGAGGAUAAGUUGGUGUUCUGUAACGGCUUGGUGCUGCACAGGUUCCAGUGCCUUCGUGGGUUUGGAGAGUGGUUGGACUCCAUCAGAGACUUGUCCUCCCACCUCCAGAGCCUCAACCUGGAUGGCUCGGCCUUCGCCUGCCUGGCGGCGCUGGUGCUGCUUACAGAGCAGGUGCCUGGUCUGAAGGACUCCAAGCGUGUUGAGGAGCUGCAGAAUAAGGUAGUCUGUUGCCUUAGAGACCACCUGGGCUUUGGCCCCUCCUCUUCAUCUAAAGCCACACCCCCUCUCAGUCGGGUGCUGGGCUUGAAGGCGGAGCUUCGCUCCCAGAGGACCCAGGGCCUCCAGCGCAUCUUCUACCUGAAGCUGGAGGAUCUUGUCCCGCCCCCUCCCCUUAUUGACAGGUUCUUGGACACUUUGCCAUACUGACGCUGGCUGCUCUGCCACCACCUGUAAACACACACGUCCUGUUUGAGCCUUGUUGCCAGGAGCGCACAGACGUCUCCAGACCUCUGACCAGCACAGAGCCAGGACAGCCAAACGGAACGCUUUCACACAAAAGGGCAACCAAUCAAAGACGCUUUUCACUCAAAAGGACAACCUAUCAGAUUGCUUUUCACACAGACUUAAUAAAAUGCUUUACCAUUUCUUUUUUUUAUUUUAUCCUUUGAUUUUUGUUUUUUAUUUGAGGGAGGACAUCUGAGGAAGAAAAAAAAGAUAAAACUGAAAAGUUAAAAAAAAAAUCUCCCUCUCCUCCCUGUGUUGAGUCUCAUUUCACUUUGAGCAAGAUGACAGCGUUUGUGAAGCCAGUGUGUGGCUGAGCGCUGGCCUGCUUCUCUGCUCUGUGGAUCAGGAGGGCUGGCGGGGGCUGGACCACACAGCUGCACAGCCCAGCACCCCGCUGGGUCCUCCACUCUCUCCUGUAUGCAGGAAGGAAGGGGCUGUUUUCUUAUUGAAUUGUAUUGUCAGCAAAUGGCCACGUUCAGCAUGAACACGUUAAAAACACAGCAGUACACGAUGUGUGUAUGUGAGCGUAGACACACGAUGGAAUCUUCUACAGAACACAUGAAACCACAGAAUAAACACGUUGGAGUGAUUAAAUCUCUGGUAUCUAAGUGCAAUUUCUUAAGUGCUGUCUUAUUAAACAAGGAGAAAGGUUUAAUUUCAAACUCUAAAUUAUUUAAAUACUAAGAAUGGAACUCAGAGAGACAUAGUCUACCCAGAGAGACAGUCUGCACAGAGACACACAGUCUGCCCAGAGAGACACAGUCUGCUCAGAAUGACACAGUCUGCCCAGAGAGACAAUCUGCCCAGAGAGACAGUCUUCCCAGAGAGACAGUCUGCCCAGAGAGACAGUCUGCCCAGAGAGACAGUCUUCUCAGAGAGACACAGUCUGCCCAGAGACACAGUCUGCCCAGAGAGACAGUCUGCACAGAGAGACACAGUCUGCCCAGAGAGACACAGUCUGCCCAGAGAGACAAUCUGACCAGAGAGACACAGUCUGCCCAGAGAGAGACAGUCUGCCCAGGUGUCCCAGACUUGAACCUGCUGUUGGGUUUUUUGUCUUUAAGUCAUUUUUAAAUCAAGGUUUGAGUAGAACUACGGAAGAAUGAACGCGAGCAUAAUUUGGCUUUUAAAGCAUUUGAGACGAGCAUGAGAGGAGGAAGAGGAGGAAGAGGAGGCAGGGAGCUCAACACCAGAAGAAGACAGGAAAAACAUUCCGCAGUCAUGCUCUUUUUCUAUGUUUCUAUAGCAGAGGUUGUGUGAGGGUGUGGAGGACGAGGUAGUGUGAGGGUGUUGUAAGAUGGACUAUGCUGUCAUGGCCUCCUUCUCUAACAGUCCUGUCUCUUAGUGGCUCCAGGCCUUCACCACACACUAACACACUCACAGCAGCAGUUUCAAGUAAGACUUAAGCAAAUUCUAGAGUUAUAAAUAAAUAUAAAUAUAUAUAUAUAUAUACAAAACUAAUAUUUUGAAGUGUUUUUAGAUUUUUCAAAUAUUGUGGUACAAGUUGUGCAUUGUUUUUUGAAGAAUAGAAACAAAAAGAAAAGAAAAAUAUUUUUCUUUAAAAAAAAUAUUUUUCAUUGUCUUCUUUGGUUUGAAUUUCCUGAAUUUUUCUUUCUCUUUGGUUCACUGGAGUUUCUGUUCAGCACUUUGAAAUCAUAAACUAGUUCUGAUUAUUCUGA